AUGCGCCUCCCACAGGCAGUCAACCGCCACACAGAGGAGGGGAUGCGCUACGAGGGCGUCGGGGACGCGCUGCGCCGCAUGUGGGCAUCUGAGGGCCUGGCUGGGUUCUACCGGGGCAUGCAGGUCAAGCUGGCGCAGACAGUGCUGGCGGCGGCGCUGAUGAUGGUGCUCAAAGAGGAAAUUUACGAGUGGACGCGCGCCCUGCUGCUUGCGCCCGCCGCGAUCGGCGGCGGCGCGGGCGGCGGCAAGGGCGGCGCUCCCGCGGCGGCGCGCGCCGGGCGCACAGGCUGA